UUCCUGGUCCUACUUAUCACAUGACAAGGAGAAAAAGUGUGUCUCCGGAUGGCCUGAGUCAUCUGUAUGCAAAUAAAUUAACUCAGUUUUCAGCUAACAUGGCAGGCUGAGCUUAUAAGAACCAUGUCGCACCAAGGUCCUCGCACGUCAGUGUUCACGUUUCAGUCUGCUGUGCACAGCGACCAUGUUCUCCAGUGUCUGAAUGAGCAAAGGCAGCAGGAUGUCCUCUGUGACGUAACAGUGGUGGUGGAGGACAGAAUGUUUCGGGCACAUUGCUCUGUCUUGGUCUCCUGCAGUGAAUACUUUCACAGCAGGGUCACCAGUGUCACUGGACAGAAUCCCAUCAUCACCUUGCCUGAAGAGGUGACUGUGGAGGGGUUUGAACCUUUGCUUCAGUUUGCCUACACAUCAAAGCUGCUCUUCACCAAAGAAAACAUCCAUGCCAUUCACAGCAGUGCUGAGUUUUUAGGAUUUCGUGAUUUGGAGUCAGCCUGCUUUGAUUUCCUCCUGCCAAAGUAUGCUGAAGGCAAAAAACCACAGGAGGUCAGGCGUGGAGGAGCUUGUUGUCAGAGUCGGGAUCCUGCAACUAGUUUUAUCUCCAGGGAAGAGAGCAGCCAACCAAAAUCAUUUGAGUCUCACAGCUCAGUGCCUUCAGAGGGUGAUGAGCACACAGACUUCCCAACACAGUCUCCUCAGAGUGCACAGGGUCAGAAGAGAAGUGAGGAAGAACACUUCUGUUUGGAGAACUGCGGGCCUCAAAUGGCCCCCUUAUCUCUGGAGUUAACAGCAAAUGGAGUUUGCCCCAUGUUGUCUUUGCCAUGUCCAGACACUGACAAAGCAGAUCAUCCAUCUCGGUUUUGUGAAAAAGACAUUUUAGAGAUAGGAGAUGUGUUUAGCUGUGGCUUACCCUGCGAGCUGUCAACCCCAGGGGAUAUGAAUCCUACAGGACUCAUUGAGCCAGCAGGCAGAGAUGUUAAACAGGCUGUGGAGACGCUUGGUGCUGAAUCCAACGGCAACCCUGCUUUAUGUCCAAUCAACAGUACUGUGGCAGAAAAUUGUAGUGAUUUAUUAGAGCAGACGGACGAUGGCCUCGAACAGAGAAUGACAGGUGAUAUCUCAGACUCUGCACUUACUGCUUUAAGCCAUCAAGAGGGAUUUGGGGAGAGGAGCAGUGUGGAGAGGGAGGUGGCUGAACAUCUGGCCAAAGGAUUUUGGUCUGACCUGUGUCCAUCUCAGGGUCAACCACUCCCCUUGGAUCCCGUGGACCAAAACAGUUUAGCAAAAGCGGCUGACUUUCAUUGGCUAAAGCAGCUGGACUUGAGCUCCAGUGUAGGAGACUGCCCUUUCCUCCGGGACCUUGGUACAGGUGAUGACCUAACUCAACGCACCAACAGUCUGUCACAGAUGGAGAAGAGCCCCUGCAUGUCCUCCACGUUCAACUCUGCUGACGAUUCAGACCUGGACACAGAUGGAGAUACUGAGGCUAACAACAGAAGAGCAGCAGAGAUUCAGCUGCCGUUCGCAGUGGAUCAAAUCUCUGCACUGAGCCGAAGUGCCUUCCAGCAGCUUCUGAGAAACCAUCACCUGACUCAAGAUCAGCUGGAGUUUGUCCACGAUGUUCGUCGACGAAGUAAAAACCGGGUGGCUGCACAACGUUGCCGAAAGAGGAAACUAGAUGGGAUACAACAUCUCGAGUUUGAAAUCAAAAAAUUAAAAAAUGAGAAAGAGCGGCUGCUGCAGGAGCAAACAGAGCUGGAGGAAAACCUAGAGGAGAUUCGUGAGAGUCUGUGCGGGUUAUGUAAGAGUGUUAGCAUCGAGUCUGAUCAGGACCAGUUGCAGCUUCUUACCAAGAUCUCCUCUUCACCCGACUUUCCCUCUUCCCUCAUUAAACAUGAGGAGUCGCAGAUCACUAUCGAAAUGGUAAGUAGGUCCUCAGAGUGUGCGCCGAGCGGGCCUCCUGCAGACUCUGUUCAGAUCACUGAGCCAGAGGCUGGUGCACAAACAGAGCAGACUCAUUCUCCACAAAAUUGCCCUGUUCCUGCAUCUCUGCUCAACACUUGUGUGGACAUGAACAGCAACUUAUAAUAAUUUGACUGAAAUUGCUUUGAUAUUUCUAAAUACAAAGCUACAUGCAGGGGGUGAACCUUUAGGUAUAUACUGUAAUCCCUUGUUGGGAUAGACAUGCUUUCCUGUGUAUUUCCUGCCAAAUAGAGGUUCCAUAGAUGUCCAGCGUGUAAGACUGUGUGACAUGUAAUGAUGAAACCACAGAUUGUAACAAAUGGAUGACUUCUCUACUCAGCCUCCUCUCUUUUACACUGUCAUGGAAGUACAGUCGUCUUCACAUAACAGAAAGUACAGGAAUGUCAUGCUUACUUGCAUUGUUGGUUUCCACUUCAAAACGCGAAAUGCACACUCUGAGUGGUUUGUCCUUUCAGGCUGCCGUAGAAACAUGAUGGUGCAAGAUGGCCGCCUCCAGAAAGUACAACCCUUUGUGGAAGUGUAUGUAAUAUAUUGCACAUUUAUACAGACAUACUUAUGGGUAGUUAAUGCAGUUUCUGCCAAUAAACUGUCCUAAAUAUUACCUACUGAACCAUUAAUGUAACAUUGAAAUAUUAGAUUUUAAUUUGUUGUGUUUCUACACGUGUAAGGAUCUGUUUCUCGUGAUAACAAGAUAAUUUCUCGUUAUAACAACGUACGUUUUCAUUAUGACAAGAUUGUUUUUUCAUUAUAACACGAUUUUUCUCUGGCUUUCUCGUCAUAAUGAGAUACAUUUUGACUAUAAAAGCUUAAUUAAUUAAUUGAUUGAUUGUUGUCGAGACAAUUUUAAGUAUGUAGCCCAACAUCACCAACACUAUUUGCCUCUAGCUUUACAAUCUGUACGGCUAGUGACACUGUCUAUCCUUAGACCCUGACAUUGGGAUGUUUACAUCAGGCAGGGAGGGAGUCUGAAUGUGAUGCGCAGGUUAAACCCACAGCCUGCAGGUCAGGUGGUAAGGGUGCAUUUACAAUAACAUUUUAACAAGUUCAGGCAAUUCUGUCAAGACAGAUAAUGGAUCAUUAGGAAUAAAUUGUUAAAAAGCAAUUGUCUGUCUCUACCAAGUUAUUCCCCUAAUCUCCCUUUCACUCACAAAUAAUUGUUCUGCAUUCUGUAUAUAUGUGUAUAUGGUGAUGGUAGGUGAGUGGUCGAGCGAGUCGUCUUUAAGAAACUGCAGUGUAAAGCAGCUUUGAGUGGUCUAAAUACAAACCAUUUACUAUAUUCCUUAUGACAACAGCAAUGAAUAUUAAUGAUUUUUGAAAGAACAUUUUAUCCGUUAUUAUAUUAAUAAAUCACAGGUUUGUCACACACACUCAUACACGUCUCUAGUAUAAAUCAUGUUGACAUGUUGUCGGCAUCUUCAGCAGGCAGAUGUAGUCUGAAUUAUCCCUGCUACAAAGUUAUCCGAUUAAACUGUAAACAUAUGCAGUGAGCAUAAGUCAGAGCAUACACAGCCUCUCCACCUUCACGCUCCAACUCCCCCGAUGUGCCGCAAACAAUCAAUCAGAUAAGCCAAAUUUAAGGUUAAAACUGUUAUAAUGAGAAACCUUUGUCGUUAUAACAAGAAACAGCUCAGUUAUGUUUUAUUCUCCUGUGGCAGUGCUGUAUAUAUUUUUAAUAUGCAUUUCUCUGUACUUAACACAAUAUCCAGCAUUUGUCAUCAUUUUCAUAAAGGUGCAGACAGCUUUCAGGUAAAUCCCAAAUGUUUCCAUUUAUAAAUUAUUACAUUUCAUUACACUUAAGUUUGAUUUUUCUCAGGGACACACAUAACCUGACCAUGUUUUGAUGGCUUAAUUCAUUCUCUUUGCAUACCCACCUAACUCUCCUCUGUACACACCAACUUACAAAAUUAAAUUACGAAUGUUUCAUUCUGCUUUUAGUAGUCCAUCUACAUCAUUUUUGAAACAUCCUGUUUUAUUCCACUUGGAAAUAUGCACAACACUAAGAGAACUUUUUUUAUAACAGAGUUAAAGGGAUUGUUACAGCUCUUAACACAGGUAUAGUUUGAACAAAUAACUUCUGUGCUUCCCUCAGUAUUUGUAUAAUGGUUACAUUUUGAUUAAUUGUGGUAUUUGAUGCAAAAUGUGCCUUAUGCAGUAAUAUAGUACAAACAGAGAAAGAUAAAGGCAGUCUUUGUAUAUUGUCUCCAACACUGUUGCACAUUAACCAAGAGCUCAUUCUGAUAUCACUCUCUUCUCUUUCGGUCUGUGUGCAUGUUGAUAUUAUUAAGUGCUUUCACUGGUUACACUUUUAAAUAAACAGCAUUUGUUAACAUGUAAA